UUUUGAUCUCAAUAGUUGCGAGGUGUGUUUGCGCCCCCUUUUCGCCACAAAUCGUUACAUCGUCUGUGUAAAAAACGCACAUGUAGUGGUGUUUAUAGUGAUGACCUUGAAAGUUUUCAACAAUCAUUUUCUGUGAGCGAGCGAUUAUGCGUGAGGAUCUGUAACGAGAGAACCGUCAGCGUGUGUGUUACAAAUAUAAAUUUGUCGUGAUGGACGAGAACCAUUUAGAGCAAACCCUCGAAAAUGCCGGGAUGCCCGAUGAGAGCAUCAACAUAAGUGAUGUCAUUGAGGUUAUCGAAACGGACCCGGACUUUCACGAGUCCACGAUGUUUAACGGCGGCGGUGAAAUCCCCCAGAACAUAAUCCAACAACAACCCCAACAAGCCCGUCGACGAGCCUUCGUCAAAAUCAUCGAACAGCCAGCUUCCAAAGCGCUAAGAUUUCGCUAUGAAUGCGAGGGACGUUCGGCUGGUUCAAUUCCUGGGGCUUCCAGCACCCCUGAAAACAAAACCUUCCCCUCGAUUCAAGUCAUGGGCUACCAAGGACGGGCCGUGGUUGUGGUUUCGUGCGUCACGAAGGACGAGCCCUUCAGACCGCAUCCCCACAAUCUAGUAGGGCGUGAAGGGUGCAAAAAAGGGGUCUGUACCAUGGAGAUUAAUUCGGACACCAUGUGUGUCACCUUCUCGAAUUUGGGCAUACAGUGUGUGAAAAAGAAGGAUAUUGAGAGUGCGUUGAGGCUCAGAGAGGAAAUUAAAGUCGAUCCGUUUAUGACGGGUUUUAGUCACCGAAAUCAACCGACUUCGAUCGAUUUGAAUGCGGUUAGACUUUGCUUUCAAGUUUUUCUAGAGGGCGAAAGACGGGGGAAAUUCACAGUGCCACUAACACCGGUUGUUAGUGAGCCCAUUUAUGAUAAGAAAGCCAUGUCUGAUCUUAUGAUUGUUAAGUUGUCGCAUUGCAAUAGCUACGUGGAUGGAGGCAGGAACGAAAUUAUUCUACUGUGUGAAAAGGUCGCUAAAGAAGACAUCCAGGUCCGUUUUUUCGAAGAAAAAAAUGGAAAAGUGGUCUGGGAAGGUUUUGGCGACUUUCAACCGUCACAAGUCCACAAACAAACGGCAAUUUGUUUCAAAGCCCCACGUUACCACACUCUAGACAUCACCGAACCCGUCAAAGUUUUCAUCCAAUUGAGACGACCAUCAGAUGGCGCCACCAGCGAAGCCCUUCCAUUUGAACUAUUACCCUUAGAUUCAGAGCCGGGUAUGCUUAAGCGAAAGAGGCAAAAGUAUCAUGACCCAAGCCAAUUGUUAAGACAUGUUGAGGAAAGUGACAAACAAAGGACGCACCAACCCUUCCUACUCAACAUUCCAUCCGAAGGCAUUAAAGUCGAGCCCAGAGAUAAGGCGCCUUCGCCGUACGGCGGGCAGAUGUUCGAGGCGCCCAUCCCGAACGUGUCGCCCCAUUACGUGGCCCCCACGCCCCCGGAAGCCCCUCUGUUCCAGAACGUGCUUCCGCCAAUCGGAGGCAUGAUGAACUGGAAUAUGCCUUCGACUUCAGUAGUCGGCGAUAUGUUAAACAUGAAUUGGAAUCCUUCCGCCCAAAAUGAUCUCAGUGGUGUUAAUUUAAGUGAAACGCCAAGUGGUAUAAGCAGUUUAUUAAAUCUGGACAAUCAACAAUUGGAGUUGAAACCGAUUGACUUAAACUCGGGUGAUUUAAGCAUGCUUGAGACAAAUAACUUGUCAGAGACUUUCACCCAAAAUCUAUCGCUUAUGGACGAGAGUGAGGGGCGCCAGGAGCCGAAUAUGACUGAUAGUUUAACGCGAUUGGCCAAUAGCGCGCUAGAUAAUAUUUGCCAAGCUAGUGAUAUGUACAAGGGUGCUCCAUGAAACCACCAUUACUUAAGUCUAAGUAAUGCAAAAGCGAGUUCAAUAUUUGACAUUAAAUAUAACAGUACUGUGUACCGCCCUAAAUUCAAUGAUAGUUUUCUUAUAAAAUUGUUAAGGUUUGUAGUUUAGUCUAUAUCAAGUUUAUUUAUACUGUGAUUGUUUUUAUAUUUUACAAGAUGCAAUGUUAUUUUAUAAAUCUGGCAUAAUAAAUCUGUUUUAUUGAG